UCAAAUAUAUAUAUAGCAAACAUUGUAUUAUAUUUGUAAGAGAUAUACACACAUUUGUGGAGAGCAAUCAAUACUCUUUUCUACUUCAAUUUGGAAUUAUUUGUUUUUGUCCAAAGAUGUGUCUGGAUCCACUUGGAUACUUCUAAAAUCUUUAAAACCAAACCACUACCACACACAGACAGUCCUUAGACAGUUUCUCUUUAUCUUGUACUCUCCAUGACAAUUACUUAACUAACCCUCCACUCCUGUUCUGCCUUGUUCUUUGCUCUUGGUGUUCAGGGUAGUUUGUGGCUCUCUUUUUUCUCUGUUUGGUCGCAAUUAUUUGAUGAGAAGAGAGAAAUAAACUCUUUUAGGUUGAUCUUAUUCUCUCUCUUUACUACGUUACGGCACAUCUUCUUCAUGAGGACUUGAAAUAGUGUUCCAUGGUGGAUUUUUUGUGUCAUAAUUAAGAAACUGCGAGCAAAGUGUUCAUAAUAUGUCAGCAAAGAAGAAAGAUCUUUUGUCCUCAGCCAUGAAGAGAACUAGUGAAUGGAUAUCUUCUCAGGAAGUCUGUAGUGAUGUCACAGUUCAUGUAGGAGAAGCUUCUUUUUUACUUCACAAGUUUCCACUCUUGUCAAAAUGUGGGCUUAUCAAAAAACUUGUGUCUGAAACAAAAAACGAUUCAGAUGCUAGUCUUAUCAAGAUCCCAUAUAUCCCUGGAGGCUCUGAAGCAUUCGAGCUAACGGCUAAGUUCUGCUACGGUAUUAACUUUGACAUGAGCACAGAGAACAUUGCUAUGCUGCGAUGUGCAGCAGAGUAUCUAGAGAUGACAGAGGAACACUCUGUGGAGAAUCUCGUCGUAAGAGCCGAAGCUUACUUGAACGAAGUAGCUCUCAAGAGCUUGUCUAGUGCCAUCACCGUCUUGCACAAGUCAGAGGAAUUGUUGCCCAUUGCUGAAAGAGUGAAGCUUGUGAGCCGUUGCAUCGAUGCGAUUGCUUACAUGACUUGUCAGGAGAGCCAGUUUUGCAGUCCUUCUUCGAGUAAUAACAGCAACAAUGAGGUCGUGGUUCAGCAUCAGAGCAAGCAGCCUGUGGUUGAUUGGUGGGCUGAGGACUUGACCGUUCUUAGGAUUGAUUCGUUUCAACGAGUUCUCAUAGCAAUGAUGGCUAGAGGGUUUAAGCAGUAUGGACUUGGUCCAGUGCUCAUGCUCUAUGCUCAGAAGUCUCUUAGAGGGCUGGAGAUUUUCGGUAAAGGAACAAAAAAGAUUGAUCCGAAACAAGAACACGAGAAGAGAGUGAUUCUUGAAACAAUCGUAAGUCUUCUUCCUCGUGAGAAGAACGCAAUGUCAGUUAGUUUUCUCUCUAUGCUUCUACGUGCAGCAAUAUACCUAGAAACAACGGUUGCUUGUAGGCUUGACUUAGAGAAGAGAAUGGGGUUACAAUUACCACAAGCGGUUCUUGAUGAUCUCUUGAUUCCUUCUUAUUCCUUCACUGGAGAACACUCGUUGUUUGAUACAGAUACUGUUCAACGCAUUCUCAUGAAUUAUCUUGAGUUUGAACUCGAAGGAGUCAGGCUAAGUAACAAUGGUGUUGAUCAUGGUAGUGAUAUGGAACGUGUUGGUAAACUUAUGGAGAAUUAUUUAGCUGAGAUUGCUUCUGAUAGAAACGUGAGCUUGCAGAAGUUCAUCAGUUUAGCUGAACUUAUUCCUGAACAGUCUUGGGUUACUGAAGAUGGGAUGUAUCGAGCCGUCGACAUCUACUUGAAGGCUCAUCCGAAUAUGAGUGACGUAGAGAAGAAGAAAGUAUGCAGUUUAAUGGAUUGUCAGAAACUAUCACGUGAAGCAUGCGCUCAUGCAGCUCAGAACGAUCGUCUUCCAGUUCAGACCAUUGUUCAAGUCCUUUACUACGAGCAACAACGUCUACGAGGAGAAGUCACUAAUGAUUCAGAGGCUCUACCCCCACAACCACCACCACCUGCUGCAGCAGCAACUGUUCUUCCUCCUAAACUCAGCUCCUACAACGACGAACUAUCAAAGCUGAAACGGGAAAACCAGGACUUGAAACUCGAGAUUCUCAAAAUGAAGAUGAAACUUAAAGAGUUUGAGAAAGAAAAUGAGAAGAAAUCAUUAUCAACAACCAUGAGCAGUAAUCACAGUUCUCCAAUCUCAACUGCUUCCAUGGAUAAGCCUCCACUGCCGAGAAAGUCAUUCAUGAACUCUGUUUCAAGAAAACUCGGAAAGCUAAACCCUUUCGGCAUCACACCGGGCAGAACCAAACCACCCAAAGAUCGUAGACACUCUAUUUCUUGAAAAACCGUAUAAUAUGUUUAAAAUUUUUGUUGGGACUUCUAUGUUCUGAUUUAAGGGUUUUCUUUUCUUGUUUUCUACUUGUAAACAUUUGACUUUUUGUGUGUGUUUAAGAUGUUUGUUUGUACAUAAA